GGCCCCGCAGCCGAGCGCCGAGCGGCCGAUCCGUCGCUCCCGCAGCCCGCGCUCGCCUCGCUCGUGGCUCCACCCGCCAUUGUAACCCAUAACCCGCUAUGGAGCAUGCAUUUACCCCGCUGGAGCCCCUGCUACCCACGGGAAAUUUGAAAUAUUGCCUUGUGAUUCUUAAUCAGCCUUUGGACACAUGCUUUCGUCAUCUUUGGAAAAAAGCUCUCUUCAGAGCCUGUGCUGAUGGAGGUGCCAACCGCUUAUAUGACCUCACCGAAGGAGAGAGAGAAAGCUUUUUGCCUGAAUUCAUCAAUGGGGACUUUGAUUCUAUCAGGCCUGAAGUCAGAGAGUUCUACACUGAGAAGGGCUGUGAUCUUAUUUCAACGCCUGAUCAAGAUCAUACUGAUUUUACCAAGUGUCUUCAAGUGCUCCAAAGGAAGAUAGAAGAAAAAGAGUUGCAGGUUGACAUGAUCGUGACCCUGGGAGGACUUGGUGGGCGUUUUGACCAGAUAAUGUCAUCUGUGAAUACCCUUUUCCAAGCUACUCACAUCACCCCUUUGCCAAUUAUAAUAGUCCAAGAGGAAUCUCUCAUCUACCUCCUCCAACCCGGAAAGCACAGGCUCCACGUAGACACUGGAUUGGAAGGCAGCUGGUGUGGCCUUAUUCCUGUUGGACAGCACUGCAACCAGGUGACUACAACAGGCCUGAAAUGGAACCUCACAAAUGAUGUGCUUGCCUUUGGAACGCUGGUCAGUACUUCUAACACCUACGAUGGAUCUGGGGUCGUGACUGUGGAAACUGAUCACCCUCUUCUCUGGACCAUGGCCAUAAAAGUCUAACCUAUAGGGUGGCACCCAUCAUGUGCCUCUGCCUUCCUUUAUCUGCCCAGUGGUUGAUUGUUCACUGUGAACAAUCACCUAGGGUGCAGAGAUCCAAAUGUCUCCAUAGGAAGCUCUGGGCUGCCAAGAUGUUGGGGUUAGGGUACAGCUGAGCAGAGGAGCACUUGCUGCACAAGGGCAAGGCCUUGGGGAUCAACCCUCAGUACCACAAAAUAGAGAUGUUGGUGUUUAAACUUUCUAUAAAUGCUAUCUCAAUUUUAGAUUGAGGGAAAAUUAUGUUCUAUCAAAGUAAAUAAGCUUUAUUAUACUCUAUUGGAAAACUAAUGUAAAUCAUUAAAUUAUAUAAUUCAGUUCUGAUCAUUUUAAUUUAAUUAAUCAGUCCAUUUACCUUAAAAAUAUCUUUUUAAUUUUGAAGCACCAAAAACUGUUGUCAGUGUUGCCUUGGAGUCUAGCACUUCCUUAAAUGCCUGACAACAAAGGUUAUCUACCUCUGAGUAUCUCCUACCACUGGAUUUCUCUCUGUAAUGCAUAUUAUCUUCCACUGCUAUGACAGGAUGGCACCGGUUCACUUUGACAUGAUAUUUUAAAGGGUAAGAAUCACUGACUUAAUAGUUAGAUUUGAAAGCAAGCAGUUCCAUGGGCUGUGGAUAAAUGAGAAGUGGUAAUUCAUGAGGCCCUCAUACAUUAACACCCCAAAACUUAAAAGUAAGCACUCUGACCUUUGGAAAUGCAGAGGACUUUAUGGAAAUCAUGACACACACCCAUAAGGUUUGUGCGGAGGGAUCUUUAUCUUAAAAACUCAGUCACUUUUAACAUACCUCACUAAAAGAUGAAGUAUUAAUUCAUGGACCACACAUUUCCUGCUAUCACCAGAAAAUUAGUGUGCUGUAAAGAUAAAUGAACACAGCCUGCUGAGGAAUCAGCUCCUUAGGCCUGUUUCUUCAUCCUAGUCUGCCAUGUGCCUGGUUCCUGACCCCCUUCUAGCUGUAAAGUAACAGGGGCUGUAAUCAUUGAGUGUGGGGAAGAACCCCAGCUACAAACUCUAAAUGAUAACACAUUACAGUUAUAGAGCAGAUAAUACUAAGCAUAAGCUUGCUGGUGCAUAAAAAUGUCUUCAUGUCUCUUUCAUGAUGUCUCUUACUCAUCUUCCUACCCUCUCCUAUACCAUUGGUUAAACUACACCUUGCCCAACAACCUAUGACUUAAGGAUCACCUGCCCACCAUGUUGUACUUAGCCAUGACUGUGUCACUGUCUUCUUGGUGCUACAGUAGUUUGAGGCUUAGAACAUAGAGAAAGAAAAGAGAUCAGUUGAACCAACACCAUGUUCUGCACAGAAAUUCUUAGAAUUAUUGUUAUUAUUUAUGCAAAUAUGUGAUACUGAAAUGUGGAUGCCAAUAAAAACAGUUAUCAAUGUGCAUGUCUAUAGUGGUUUUCUAAGAAAAUGUUUUUUUAUUACUUGUAUUUCAUCAUGACCAAUC